GAGGAAAUAAAUGUGGAUGCAGAGGCUUUUAGUGAAAUCCCUAGACAUAUAAUAUCACCCGUACUUCUGGUAAAUGGUCUUAGUGUCAAUCAGAGCCCACCUGAUCAAGCCAGCUUGUCCUCAAAAUCAUCCUAUUUCUCUGUGGACAGUGCACUGCACAGAAAUACUGAGACGGAGUCAAAUGUUUACCACUCUCUGGAAAACUUGAUUGGAGAGGUGGAGGAGGACAAUGAUGAGACGCAGAAUAUUUCACAAAAGACAAAACAGGUUUUAGACAGAAUGGAACCGGCAUAUUAUUCUUUAAGUGACCAUGAAAGCGAGCCAGAGGUUGUAAAACGUCCUCUAGAAUCUCCUCAAAAAGAGACAGGAGUAUUGCACAUGGACAGUAAAGAAAGAGAUAACCCUGUAGCAGAUCAACCCUUAGCUCACGAUGAAGAUAAUCUGACACCAACAUCACCCUCCAAUAUUUUGUCACCAACUUUGGGGAUCCCUGCCUUAUUUAAGGUCAAAGACAACACUUUCACUAAUAAGUUGAAGUUGAAGAGUGUACAACCGUGGUCACCGAGAGGGAGUCUCAGUGGUUCAGAGAGGGGAGAGGAGGUAAUGGACAAUCCAGAGCUCCCUCAGGCGAAUGAACACGCCACCAGAGGCAGCACAGCCAUCCCAGAUGAAAUCUUCAAACCUAAAGAGAGUCCUUCAAACAGUUCAACACCGAUGCUGCAGUCAACUUCACAUCUGUUAAGUGAAAACCCAAAGAAACCACAAGUUGGAGCGUUCCUCGCUGUCCCACAGGAGGAAGACAGGUGGUCUGGGGUGAGUCCAUAUUCUGAAGGAGUGGAGAGCUUUACAGCCAGCACAGCUGAUACUGCUAAUGAGAUAGGAAUGAAUACUGGAGUGUUGAAGGUUCCGAGUGAACGGUCUGGGUCCACCUGCAGUGGUAAUGAAAGCCAAAUGGGGCUGGCUAAACCACCAGUGGUCUUACCCAAAUCCGAAAAGGCUGUUCUUAAAGCCAUUAAGUUGGCAAAUAGAAGGAUGAAGAAGGAGGAGGCCCAGAAAAAUCACGGAGAAAAGACUGAAGAUGGUCAUCGUCAAAGUGAAAGUCAUCACAAAAACAAAAACGGUGAUGACCAGAGUGAGAAACUAGCCUAUGAAAGACGAAGCCACAAUGGGGAGAACAACCAUCAUGAUCGUCCAGAGGUGGGUCAUAAGACUCGAAGACAGAGCCGUGAUUUGGUGGGAAGCAACAACCAUAACAAUGAGGCACUACCCAGUGUUGUAAUGGAGAGGAAGGGCCGCAGCAGCAGCAGACGCGAAAAGCCGGAGCAAAGACACUACAGCAGUGACAGGGUCAUCAGCAAUGUACCUGUGUACAAAACUCAGCUCAGCGACAGAUCCUCGUCGGACAGGCCAUUCCACCGAUCACAAAGCAUUGACAGGUACUUAGGAGGUAAAGUAGAGCGCAGGCUCAGUGCCGAUACGUCAGGCAAUGAGAAGCUUGAUCCGAGGACCCAGCGCAUUGAGAGGUCCAUCAUGGACGAGCUUCAGCAGAGAGGCAGAGCCAGAGACAAGACAAGCAGAGACAACACAGUCAGAAGGAGUCGCAGCAUUGAUGCAUACCCUCCCCCUGCCCCUCCCCAUCCCUCUCCCCCUUCAACCCUCUCCCGGCAGUCAAGCCACACCAGCCACACCAGCCAGCUUUCUCGCCAGUCUAGUAUUGAGCACACCAUUGUUGCUCAGACCUUUCCUUUGACGCAACGUAAGCUCCUACAGGAUCCAGAAUCCGGGCAGUACUUCUUUGUCGAUAUGCCUUUUCAGGUCAAGACAAAAACCUUCUUUGACCCUGAAACAGGAAGCUAUGUGCAGCUGCCAGUCCAGCCUCCAGAAGUGGCUGUUCCUCAGGCAUCCCCCUUGGGAGUUUUGACCACACCUCUGGUUGUUUACCACAGCUUCGUCCCGGUGCCUUUGUCACCCAUGGCUCAGAAAGCUACCAUCCUGGCCCCUCAUAUGGAGCCAAGAUUGAGGCAAAUGCACUAUACGGAAGGAAAUCCUUAUUUAGAGCCUGUCUAUGGCCACCAACACAACCACAUGUUAGGGGAGUUUCUAGGCACUGAGGAGCUGGACUGUUCGAGCUGA